CUUGAUAGAUCUACAAGAAGUGGAUACUGUAGUACAACUCAAUGAUCGUGCCUCCUCAUAUUCUUUAAUCUCGUAAAUCUUUUCAAUUGGAAUCUUUUAUAAUCUCACAAGUUACAAUCAACUUUCCUCUUUCAACACUAAAGCUCGUCACUCUAAGCUCCUGUUGAGUAGCCUUGAGAGUGGAGAUGGGAGCUGUAUCUCUGAAAUUAGGCGAUGGAACCGCAAGAUUCAAGAGAGGGUACUUUUGCUCUUCAGCUCUGAACAUUCUUAUGCUGAUUUCAGUAAUCACCACAAACAUUUUUGCUCUCUAUGCCUUCACAUACUCGCCCAGGAAUCACCAGUCCCACCUUCUGCUCCACCAAGCUCACAAGAACAUCUCCCACAUCUCGGAACAGGUGUCUUUGAUCCUCAGGGAGAUCGAGUCUUCUCAGAGGAAGCUGACCCGGAUGGAGAAGGAGGUUUUGGGGUACGAAAGCAUCGAUCUUUCCAAACCCAAUGUUGCGGCUGAGCUGAGGAUGUUUCUUCUCCAGCAUCAGCUCCCUCUGGGGAAAGAUUCAAGAACUGGGAUUACCAAAAUGGUGGCUUCUGUGGGGCAUUCUUGUGAGAAAUCCCUGGAUUUGUUGUCCCAGUUUAUGAGCUAUAAGGUUAGUGGGCCUUGCCCGGAUGAUUGGAGUCUGGGUCAGAAGCUAAUCUUGAAGGGGUGUGAGCCUUUGCCCAGGAGGAGAUGCUUUGCCAAGACUAUUCCCAAGGUGGGUUUAAAUUUAAACCCUUUUCCUCUUUCCCUUUGGAGUAAUAAUAGUGAAAAGAUUUAUACUUGGAGUGGGCUUUCUUGCAAGAAUCUAGCCUGUGUGAAUUCCAAGAAACUGAGUAGAGAUUGUGCUGGGUGUUUUGAUAUAGCUAGAGGGUAUGAGACUGAGAGAUAUGUUAAAGCAAGGCAAAAGAAUGAUUUCCUAAUUGAUGAUGUUCUUGCCAUGGGGGUGGGUGGGAUGAGGAUAGGGUUUGAUAUUGGUGGAGGGUCUGGAACUUUUGCAGCAAGAAUGGCUGAGAGGAGCUUCACUGUAGUGACUGCUACUUUGAAUCUUGAUGCCCCUUUCAAUGACUUCAUUGCUGCAAGAGGGCUUUUCCCGCUUUACUUUAGCUUAGAUCAUCGGUUCCCAUUCUACGAUAAUGUGUUCGAUUUGGUUCACGUGGGCAAUGGACUCGAUGUCAAUGGCCAACCCGAGAAAUUGGAGUUCUUGAUGUUCGACAUGGAUCGUGUUCUGAGGGCCGGGGGAUUGUUCUGGUUGGAUAACUUUUACUGCUCUAGUGAUGACAAGAAAAAGGCCUUAACUCGGUUGAUUGAGCGGUUUGGGUACAAGAAGUUGAAAUGGGUUGUGGGUGAGAAGAACAAUGGGUCGGGAAAGCCCGAGGUGUAUUUGUCUGCUGUCUUGCAGAAACCUGUAAGAGCGUGAUGACAACAAAACACAUUGGCUACUAGCUAAAUUAUUUU